CUUAUCAGUAAUCAUCACUUAACGGAGCAGGAUGCACAUCUUUAUUGCGAUUACGACAACUUUGCUUUUGCUUCUCGUAGAACAGUACGUCGUUUGUGCUAACAAAAGUUCAACGGCUUCUGUUAAACAGUGUGAAAAUGAUCAACUAUGCGUGGAUAUCAGUUUAUGUGAAAAGCUCUCCAAAUAUAAAGGGGACAUUAUCGGUGCCGCGAUCUGUGGAUCUGAUCACGAAACCGAACAUCGGAAGAUCUGCUGUCAAGUUCCACUCGAAAACAAGAUCAAUACACCGGACUGUGGACUGCCCACGGAAAAUAGAAUACUGAUUCCGACCUACAAUUUAUAUGAGAAUCCUUGGAUGGCAUUGAUCCGCGAUUGGCGCAAGCGUAUUUUCUGUUCCGGUACCCUCAUCGCCAAAAGUUUUAUUCUAACGGCUGCAAGUUGUGUUUUUGCAAGUAUUAAUGGCAGCUCGGUUCGUGUAGGCGAAUACCAUUUGUCUCGCAAAGUGGACUGCUUGAACGACGGAUUCGAAUGCGCUGAUCCACCUCUUGAUGUGGCAGUAGUGGCCUUUAUCGCACAUCCGAAAUAUGAUCCUAUAACAAGAGAAAAUGACAUUGCAUUGCUAAAAAUUGUUCCUGUGGAUUUCAGUAAAAGCGUACGACCCAUUUGUCUCUCGUCCGAUUGGCAACAACGAGGCAGCCUAGUUGGAUGGCACAGUUCAAGUCUACCGAGUAAGACCAUAGUUAGUGUUGUCGGAAAUGAAAAAUGCACGCAAACUGUCGAGGAGUACAACGAUGGAACGAGAAAAAUGUACGACAAGAUAUGCGUUAGAAUGGAACUGUCUGGGGAUUGUGAGGACUCAAGACAAUUCACUCUUCCCGGGAGUUCUUUCCAGGUGGGAUUUCACCCAGAUGGAAGAUUGGUACAACAAGGUUUAUGGUUAGAUACUUCCUACUGUGUGAAGUCAGAGAGAAUUCUUUAUGGAGUUUUGACUAAUGUUACCAUUUAUAUGGAUUGGAUUAAGAACACCACGGAAUAUUACGGAUUUGACCAGAAGGAAGAUGGGAACCUUUUGCCUACUCCCAUAUUUUGAGUUGUUAUCUUGAAUUUUAGAUAUGAGAAAAUGAGCUAAUUGUGUCGCAUGAAAUCAAUAUUCCUCUCCAUUUCUCACAAAUUUGGAUUGGUAUUCUACUGUUUUGAAGUUUUUGUUCAAAUGAUUUAUUUUU